AUGACGUUUUUCUCUGGGGUUGCACAGAAUCUGGGUGGCAAUACUAACCUCACAACAAAAACGGGUAUAGAUGCCCAAAAGACAGCAGAAGUACAGUGUCCACCGUCAGAUACAGUCUCUUGUCUUCGAUUCAGCCCAGAAACUUUACAAACUACGUUUCUAGCUGCUACUAGCUGGGAUAAUCGUGUUCGUAUAUGGGAAGUUCAGGGUGAUGGUAGCACCAUACCAAAGGCGGAGCAAAUGCACCAAGGUCCCGCUCUUAGUGCAUGUUGGAGCAAUGAUGGUACUAAAGUGUUCAGUGUUUCAGCCGACAAGAGUGCGCAUAUGUGGGAUCUGGGCUCCAACGCAUUUACGCAGGUGGCUGCACAUGAUGCACCGGUGAAAACUGUUCAUUUUAUUGCGGCCCCCAACUAUACAUGCUUGAUGACAGGCUCCUGGGACAAGCGCCUCAGAUUUUGGGAUUUGCGCCAGGCGACACCGAUUCUCAAUUUGGACUUGCCGGAGCGUGUGUACUGCGCUGAUGUGCACUAUCCACUCGCGCUAGUGGGUUUGGCUGGCCGUCAUGUAAUCGCAUAUAAUUUGGAGAACGGUCCUACCGAAUUCUCUCGUACUGAAUCUCCUCUCAAAUAUCAAAGUCGCUGCAUUUCCAUUUUCCUCAAUCAACAAACCAAACAACCCUCCGGCUUUGCUCUUGGUAGUACUGAGGGUCGAGUAGCCAUCCAGUAUUUGAAUCCGACGACUACCAAGGACAAUUUUACAUUCAAAUGCCAUCGCUCCAGUGCACCUGUCAACGGCUAUCAUGAGAUUUAUGCGGUAAAUGACAUGGCAUUUCAUCCGGUACAUGGAACUUUGGCCACCGUUGGUUCGGAUGGUUACUACUCCUUCUGGGACAAAGACGCUCGAACUAAACUGAGGUCAUCUGAGUCUCCCGAUCAACCACUCACGUGUUGCGUGUUUGAUCCCAAAGGACAGGUUUUCUGCUAUGCAUCGGGCUACGAUUGGUCUAAAGGGCACCAGUUUGCUGACCCGUCUAAGCCGAGCAAAAUUAUGAUGCGCUUGUGUAUGGAAGAAAUGGCACCAAGUCGGAAAUCCUAAACCCCGGUUUUUGUGUUCCACAAGAUGACUCUUCUCUGUACUC